GGGUAUUUGUUUCAAAAUUUGAAUUUGGUAACUAAUAAGUUAAUAACAGUCAGACAAAUUUCCUUCCCCAGAUAGCCCUAGCUCAAACCCAAUCCUGACCGUCAAUCGAUAUCAAAAACAAAAAGAACCGUUUCUUACUUUCCCUCUCCCAUCACAUAAAAAUACAUCCAUCUAAGGGAAUCAAGCUUAGCUUGCAUAGAAAGCUUAAAACAGUACCUAAUCAACACAGAGAUCAGCGGCUGAGGAAAGGAAGAAGAAGAAGAAGAAGAAGAAGAUGGGGAUGAAGCCAGCGAAACAGGCGGCGGUUGUAUUUGGGGCUCUUGCAUUUGGGUGGCUAGCUAUUGAGAUGGCUUUCAAACCCUUCCUCGACAAGGCUCGUUCCGCCAUGGACAAGUCUGAUCCUGCUCGGGAUCCCGAUGGUGAUGAUGAUUCUGCUGAUCGCAAGGAGAAGGGCUCCCUCUCUGAAUCUGGUGCUUUUUUCUCUGAUGAGAACCCAGCAGUUGCUUGAUGAUGAUGGUUAUGAUUUUUGAAUACUAGUUGUUUGGUUAAAUUUAUAUAUAUAUAAAAAGGGUUGGGGUUAGAAGUCGGAGAUCAGUACUCAGUGGUGUUAGUAAUACUGUAAUAGUCUUAUGGGGGUUUAGGUACCAGGGAUUUGAAUGGGUUUUUGGUUCUACCAUUUUGGAGUUUUUAACCUCCUCUUGAAAUCAAUCGACGGCAAGAUUUAGGGGUUU